AUAGAAACAGAACUCAUUGGACGAUAAUAAAACAAACAGCUAUACAAUCCCGGAAAUACAAACCAUCUCGGUUAAUAAAAGCUAUGUGAAAAAUAAAUAAAUACUGCAAUAACAGAAGGGCAGACAGCCAUGGAAGGUCCUCCAAGUCUAAAGCAGCGAUAUUCAACUGUCUGCACAGAACUCGAGUUGUCUGUCAAUCCCUCCAUUGUCCACGUCCUGCAAGAAUUGGAUGACAAGGAGGCUCCAAAAUCGAUUUCUGAACGUGGGAUAAACAUUCAAAUUGCUGGUAACAGCCGACUUGUACCAGUCCAGAGGAUAUCGGACAGCGAUGUUCAGGCUCUCACCCGCACUCUGAGCAACAGCGUGUCUGUGACAGGUCUAGACCUGCGAUACAACAACCUGACGGACACAGGAGCACAACAUCUCAGUAAACUCUUGCAGGAGAAUGUUGCACUCCGCCACCUCAAUCUUAUGUUUAAUGAUAUUGGGGCCAGUGGCGCACAAUCCAUUGCCGAGGCACUGCAUUUGAACGAGACUCUGAAAAGCCUCCAGAUGACUGGCAAUAAGAUUGGCAACAAAGGGGGGAUGCACUUUGCUGCAAUGCUGCAGAUUAAUAAUUGUUUAGAAGAGCUGGAUCUUGGAGACUGUGAUCUGGGUACUCAGAGCUUGAUCGCCUUGACUACUGUCCUGAAUAACAAUAGCACCAUCUGGGCCAUCAACAUGAACCGGCCUCUGCUCUACAGCCAGCAGGAGGAGAGCACAGUGCACAUUGCUCUGAUGCUGAAAGUGAACAAAAAUCUCAAAGAGCUGCAUCUGGGAAAACACGAGAUGAAGGAUUUUGGUGUGGAGAGACUCUGUGAAAAACUAUCUUCAAACUUCACUCUGCGCUACCUUGAUCUCCGCAGCAACAAUAUAACCCAGGAUGGGGCUAGAUGCCUGGCAGAGCUGCUAAAGCUGAACACUGCUUUGAAGAUCAUAGACUUGACUGCCAACAGAAUAGAGGACGAAGGAGCAAUCUACCUCAGCAAAGCCAUUGCUUUGAACACCAAUCUCAAAGCGUUGGCAAUUCCAAACAACAACAUUGGAGGGAACGGUCUAGUAUCCCUAACCAAAGCAAUGAAGAUUAACACAACACUAUCACACAUCUAUGUAUGGGGAAAUAAACUGGACGAACCAGCAUGUGUGGCAUUCUCUGAUCUGAUUAAGAGCGGGCGUCUCCCUGAGAAAAACACGGACGUGUCUCCCUAUGACGUGGAUGGGCAUCUUCAUCCAUCUGAGCUGUUUCAUGGAUUGCAGAGAAACUACUACUGGACUCCCAGCUAUGGGCAGGACCAGGAUACAGCCUGCAACUCUGUGUUGUCAGAGGCUCUAUAGAAACAUAUACCAUCUUCUCCAACCACAUUUCUUUCCAAUGUCUUUAAGCUGUUUGUUUCUUAAUUAAAGUAUAGUUGCUAUAAUACGACUCAUUCAUUUUGCUUCUAAACCCCCUGCAAGAUUCAGCCUGCAUCGUAAUUAGAAUUAUCCCUAUGCUUAGGAAUAAGCUCAUGACGGAAUGCUGCUGUUAGAUUUCACAGUGGGUGCCAUCCUGUUACUAGGUAGGGUAGUGAUUUCUAAUAUGUAUACUGUCCUCAAAGUAAACUCAAGAAAAACCUUUCUCUUAACAUAUUUUGUGAAUGGGUGAUAGCGACAGCAAAUGAAACGGCGCUUAUAAAUGUAAGUGCAUUUCAUGAUAUGAACUUGCUCACCAGUCAUCUGGCAAAAACAUUUCUUUGUUAGUCUGUUGUUAGGUGGGUGACCAAAACAGAAUGUUCUCGCUGGACAAACAUUCUACUCGGAUUUAGUUGUGGAUACUAUAACAUGUCUGGCAGAUGGAGGUACUUAGAUUUACUUGGGCUUUCUGAAGAGAUUUGUUAGUUAAUUAUUGCUAUCCAGAAUCGGGAUGGCUCCCUUGCCAUUUAGAGAAAUAUGCUAGUAUCUGCAACUUUGCAGUAGUAUUAAGUCAAACGUUUGGGAUAGUGUCUUAAUAUUGAAAAGGGGACUAUCCAAAGUAUUUGUCUAUUGGGCUAACACUGUUCACUUUUA